GUAUACAUCCGUUUUCUUUCCUUGUUUGUUGUUUGAUGAACUUAUAUGAACUUAGGGUCUCUGUCAAAGGAUGACAUAAAAUAAUGUUGCAUCGCCAUACAAAAAGCUGUAUUUUUACAUUUUUUGUUGUGGUUUUAUUCAGCCCACCUUCGGUGAUUGGGGGUAAAGAUGGACCUGCUCUCGAUGACAAUUAUUUGAUGGACGAAUCGACAGGGUACACCUACGAUCCCUAUGGCCCACUGAUAAACUGCUCCUAUUUACCACUACAGUUCCUAAACUGCUCCGAGCCACUAGAUCUGAACGGAAAUAACACGGAGAGGAAGCGUCUUGGAUACGGAUGCUCAGAAUGGGGCAAUGAAAGAUACGAGGAGGUGCAGCGGACCAGUGUUGUUUGUACGGCUCUUCCUGGCAUCGAGUGCUUCGGGAACAGAACAUUCCUCAAAGACGGAUUUCCAUGUAUCAGGUACAAUGGCCACUACUUUGUGACAACACUGUUAUAUUCUGUUCUCCUUGGGUUUCUGGGUAUGGACAGAUUCUGCCUCGGGCACACAGGUACAGCUGUAGGGAAGCUGCUGACGGUGGGAGGCGUGGGGAUAUGGUGGAUCAUCGACAUCAUCCUGCUGGUCACUGGGAUGCUGAAGCCGGCAGAUGACAGCAACUGGGUUCCAUACUUCUGAUACGGGGUUCUGUUUGGGAGACAAUUGUGGAUGUACUUUACAGUGUACAUACAGAAGUCAACUUGUGCUUCUUGUCAGACGACUGCUCCAUAUUGUACAUGGUUCACAAUGCUUGAAAAGUUGUUGAAUUAAGUAAGGUCUUGAAAGGCGUGAAAAUCGACAAUAUGCUAUGCGAAGACCUUGAAUUUUCCUGACCAAUAACCAUGUGAAGUAAAUCACCUAAACAUUAAUAUAUCUUAUUUCUAUCAUUAUAGUUUGAAAAAAAGCCUGUUGAAAUCUGUUAAAAACUAUUUGUAAGUCUGUCAACAUAGAGUUAUCUCCCCUCAAUGAUUUGCUGCUGCCCUCAAAAGUCGAAUACCCCCAAGUCUGUAACAAAUGGAACUGGCCAGGUUUUUAUGUUGAAUUUUGAGGAGGGUGAAUUCAAAAGGCCAUCAGACUAUAAUUCUUAAUGAACACUGUUGGACAUAUUUCUAAAUGUUAACGGAAAUGAAAUAUUCGAAACUGAUGAAAUCAUGCAGUAUAUUCCCUGCUCAAGUCAGUCUACAGGCACAAGCCAGCCCCCAUUGUAUUGUCGAUAUACGUUGCUCCAUUUUGGCUUUAGUUCUAAGUGCCAACACACAAGCAGCCGAGGCCAGGGUCAUCUUGUUGGUGUUUUAGUAUUUGAACAUGUCAAGACAAAGGGUCCUUAUCAUCCCAAGUUGUAAGGAAAACAUUAUCGACGUCCUCAGAAAGUAUGAAAGUACAGAGUGACAGAUCUUAAUUCCCUGGCAUGCCUGCACCCCCUUCCAUUUCCUACAUUGUAAACUCUCCCAAUGGUCUAAGUACACCAUGUGUAUUUAUCAGUGAAUGGAAGUGCCCAUCCUCAAUUACCCAGGGUAUAUAGACUCCUCUGUGUUCUAGUGGUAGAGCGUCGGCCCGGAGAGCAGGUCAGGGGUUUGAUCUCUGAUGCUAAAAGAUGGUACUUGUUAUCCUGCCUGGCGCUCGGCACUAAGGGGCUAAGGACUGGUUGGCUCAGAGUCAGUAUACUGUGUCUGAGUUUGGUAUUUAUGUUAAACUGCGGCAUGGUAUCUCAGUGGGCUAGCACUAUAAAUCGGCAUUAGUUCGAGGUAGUACAAGCAGCCACACAAACACAUGCAUGCACACACACGAGAUGUUGAACCCCAUUUCACCUCACCUCAGCACCUCCAGGGUAUAAACCAAAGCAUCAUGUCAGAAGUGAUCUCACCAUCUCCAUCUCUCAUCACUCACUCACACCAGAAAGCCAUUUAAUUGGACAGCUAUCUUGAGCGGUGCUUAUUUUGAAUCAAGACUAAAAAUGAAGCGGUCUUACUCCAUCUUCCUCCACUGGAAGCUGACACUGUUGUAACUAGAAUCUGUUCAAAGUCAUCUUCCUGAGGCAAGGGAGUUAACUGACCAUAAAAGUCCAGUUUCCACCCUUGCCGAACUCAGCUGGUAUUAUGGAGUUACAUUUUGGCUGGACUAACAAGUCAAUGCAUAGCCCAAUC